UCAAUGGUACCAGAUGGCUCUUCAAUGAUCGAUACAUUUGGAAUCUUCACAUGAUCGCUGCACCUCUUAAGGAUUCCCCCGCCACUGGCGUCCGUCGUCCAUGGCUACUGCCACUCAUACAUGGUCAUGCGGACCAGGCCAAACUUACUGUACUUGGGCAUGUAGUCUUUGUAACGCUUGUUGCCCAUCGGUCGCGCCAUUAUGCUGGAGCUCGAUAUUUCACCCGCGGUGUCAAUGAAGAGGUACGGAACUAGUGUAUCAAAUAAUCCCUUUCCUCAUGCAUCUACCAGGGAA